AUGCAAAAAAGAACGCCCAAGCCAACCGGCUCCCCGCACCCGACCUCCAGUCCCGCCCGCCAGCCCAGCUCCAGCACCCCUCAGCCACCCCGGCCACAAGCCACACAAGAGGGGCCAUGCGGCACCCAACCUCAAACAGAACUGUCACAACCACCGCAACCGCCGCCUCCUAGCACCUCUGCUCCAUCGAUGGGCGCCACCUGCAAACCAGAUUCCACCCCUGCCGUACAGUCCCAGGCCCAGCUUCCACCUAGCUACCCAGGUCCCCCACGGCACGAGGCCCCUGCAGGAGGGCGGCCCCCGGGAGUGGAGCCCCAGGUGUCAACACCUGCCGUACAAAACCCUCGGGAUCCAGAUCCGACCCAGCCACCGCAGACUGGCACCCAGGAGCGAGCCCGCGAGCUGACCUCCCUGCUCGCCCGGCGGCUGGACGAGCAGCUGCAGCAGCAGGCGGCGGCUGAGGAGCAGCAGCAGCGGUUCCUGGCCAGGAGGGCGCAGUCGGGGCUGGGGGCGCUGAGCACCAGCACCAGCAGGAGGAGCUCCCUGAGGACCCACAGCACCACCGCCACCACGGGGCCGCCGGGGGGGGCCGCCAACACCAACACCACCAGCAGCACCCGGCGGCGGGGGGGCCCCGCCAGCAGUCUAACUGGCAGUACCAGUAUCAGCUGCAAGGGCGGGGAGGGGGCCGGGGGGCUGGGUGAGGAGGUGGAGGCGCUGCUGGGGGGGUAUGGCGCUGCUGGUGGUGGGGGCGGGGGCGGGGGCGUUAACCGGUUUCAGGCGCUGCUGCGGGACCUGAUGGAUUCGGCUCAGACGCAGCUCCUGCUGCCCGGGGACACACACACGGAGGAGGACGCCGCAGCGCUCCAGGCAGCAGCCGGAUGUACGGCGGAUCAGGCUGCGCGACUGCUUGACUGCCUGGCUGUUGUACGGGCCGCAGCGGAUUCCCUGGCUCCUCCGGCGGCAUCGACCCUGGAUCCAGACGUGGUGGAUCUGGAGACCGAGGCGGACGGUGCGGGCCGUACGAGUGGUACGGGUGGCGGCGGUGCCGCGGGUGCCGCUCCCGGCCCCCAGCAGCUGACCCGGCAGUUAGGGUUCCUGGCGGGUCUGGUGAAUGAGGCGCCGGGCCUUAGGACGGCGGCAAUGGCGCGAGACGCCGCCGCCCACCUCCUCCGUAUCCUCACACACCACCCGGAGAAGGCCGCAGCCGCCAAUGCCGCACUCGUACUGGGGGCACUGGCGGCGGGACCGCACCCGCACAAGACGACGCUCGUUGCCGCAGGAGUUGUAGACGGACUCCUGCAGGCCGCGCGAGGUCGUACGGCAGCGGCGGAGGCUGCCGGAGGUGACGCACCUGUCGUCACCGCCAACGCAUGCAGCGCACUCGGUAAUCUUUCCAUCGGCCACGCUGCCGGCGCCGCCGCCAUCGCCGCUUCCCCCGGAGGUAUUGACACGUUGAUUAGCCUGCUAGCCGUCAGCAACGCGCCCAACGUUCGUACAAACGCCGCGGGCGUGCUCGUACAGCUGAUGGGCGCGCAUGAGUCGUACCGUGCGGCGGUGGUCGCGGCUGGGGGCGUUCCGGCGCUUGCUGCGGGUAUGCUUCGCGGUCCGGACGCGGCGGCGUGUAACUCGGUGACUGCGCUGUACAACCUGGCCGCCCUGACCCCCCCCAGUGUGCGGCCCGCCAUGUCGGAGGCGGGUGGGAGCCUGGCGGUGGUGCCCCAGCUGCUGCUGUGUAUGGCGGGACGUAACAUCCGCGGUGAAGCCGACGAGUCGGUCGCCGCCUCGACCAGCGCAAGAGUCAACGCAUCUGCCGUACUUUUAGAGCUCUGCAAAGACCCGGCGGCAGCGCCGCUGCUGGCGGACGCCGCGCUUGCGGUGCCCGCGGCUCUGGCGGCGCUGACCGCCGGCCGGCUGCCUCCGCUGCCGCCCUUACCUUCCGCCUCCCCGGCUCCUCCCCCUACCCCGCCGUCCUCUGACCUCCUCUCCGGCGGUGUGGACCUGCUGUACCCGGUCCCCCCCGUGGUCCGCGGCAACUGCCUGCUGUGCAUGAUGGCGCUGGCGCGGAUGGGCUCCACCAUGCAGCUGGAGCUGGGCCGGUGCGGGGCGGUGGGGACGCUGCUGGAGCUGCUGGAGUCUGGGCAGGACCCGGCCAUGCAGAUCAACUCCGCCAACGCGCUUUGUUCUCUAGCGGCCGCGAAUUCGGACAUCCAUUCGGCGCUGGUGGCCUCACGCUGUGUGCCGCUGCUGGCGGGGCUCUUGAUUCGGGGAGGUGAUGCGGCUCGAGCCAAUGUUGCGGCCGUACUGGUGACCAUGAUGAAGGACGAGGAGGCCAGGAGCCAAAUACAGGAGUGCGGUGCACUUUCGUCCUUGGUACGACUGGUGUGCAUGCUCUUGGACGAGCGAUCUGCGUCAGGAGGCGGCUCCCCCCCUUCCCCCUCCCCCUCCCCUUCCCCCGACCCGGGUGGUGUGCUGUGUAACACGGUGGGGGCGCUGGCUGAGGCGGCCAAGUACCCCGAGCUACGGAGGAGCCUGAUGCAGGUGGAGUUUGGAGAGAGUCUGGGUGCGCUGCUCAGAUGUCUCAAGGAGGCUCCGGAACCAGCCCAGGUGAAUGCCGCUGCAGCUUUGUGUCACUUAUGUCGGGAGCAGUCCGCUGCCGUACAACUGGGCCGCCUCCGGGGGGUGGAGCUUCUCAAGCUCGUGACACGCCAACAUCCGGGCCCCCGGGCCAGAUAUCCCCACCCAGUGCCCAGUGCCCACAUGUCCGAGGCGGUGGGGGCCAGGCCUGACGACUGGGGGGGUGGAUCUCCGGGGCCAGGGUCGGGCUGUAGUCCCACCUCCUGGACCCGACCCUCAUCCCGGCUCAGACAUAACGCUAGCAGGGCGCUCGCACGACUGCAAGAGCAACUCACAGCGAUGGACGAGCAAGUGCAGGCCGCAGCAGUAGCAAGGGCUGCGGGGAGGGCGUCAGCGACGGGAACGGCUGCUGCUGCAGCGGGGGAUAUUGAAGUGGACGAGGCACCGUAUGCUCUUCGCGGUCUCAGCCAUGAUGUCCUGGGCGGCGGCAGCAUGGCGGCGGCGGGGGGACCGGAUCGUCGCUCUGAUCCUCCGAGGGCCGCCUGGGGGCUGGUGGACGCGGAGGCGCUGGCGGCGGAGGUGGAGGACGAGGCGGCGGCAAUACCGCGUUCAGCACUUUCCCGUACAUUUGAGUCCGUACGAUCGUACAAGUCCUAUAAGGACGACGACUCGGACAGCUUGAGUGUGGUGAUCACACCGCCGCUGCCGCUAGCCGCAUACUAG